GGGGAACUGGGACAUGCAAAGUACACAACCACAGAUAUUUCACAUUCUAAUGACAAUUUCAUUUUAUUAAUGUGUCAAUGAAUAUUGUAGAAAUAUGAGUAAUUGCAGUGUGAAUCAAAAUUAAGUAUUAACAUACUUCGAGUAAAUGCAGUACCGGUUAUCGGCUAGUUAUUUGUAACUGUAGGCUAAUAUUUGGAAUCACUUUGUUAUAUAAUCUUUGGUUUCAGUUUUGCUGGGACGGACGAAGAAAUAAACGCUCGUAAAAAGACUACUAGAAAGAAAGAUCGCUUACUAACAGUAAAUAGCGGAUGUUGAUCGCUUCCGCGAAGUAAGCCAGUAUAUGCAUGCUAUUUAGUUACGUUAUUUAUUCGAUAUUAUAGCAAUUUCCGCGAAAAUCGAAUGUCAGCAUUCAAACAGUGACGUCACCCAAGGUUCUAAUCAUCGGCCAUUUUGAGUGCUGGCCUGCACAAUGGAAGAUAAGGCAUCGUUGAAAGAAUUGGACCAAUGGAUAGAACAAUUAAAUGAAUGCAAACAACUGACAGAAAGUCAAGUAAAAACUCUCUGCGAAAAGGCGAAAGAAAUAUUGACAACAGAGUCCAAUGUUCAAGAAGUGAAAUGCCCAGUGACUGUUUGUGGCGAUGUCCAUGGACAGUUCCACGACUUGAUGGAACUGUUUCGAAUAGGUGGCCGCUCUCCAGACACAAAUUAUCUUUUCAUGGGAGAUUAUGUUGAUCGUGGCUAUUACUCCGUGGAGACAGUGACACUUUUAGUUGCUUUGAAGGUUCGUUAUCGAGAAAGAAUAACUAUUCUUCGUGGCAAUCAUGAAUCACGGCAAAUUACGCAAGUUUAUGGCUUUUAUGAUGAGUGUUUGCGCAAGUAUGGUAAUGCUAAUGUGUGGAAAUUCUUCACGGAUUUGUUUGAUUACCUGCCUUUGACAGCCCUUGUUGAUGGGCAGAUUUUUUGUCUGCAUGGUGGCCUUUCACCAUCAAUUGAUACGCUUGAUCAUAUACGGGCACUUGAUCGCCUGCAGGAAGUUCCACAUGAGGGUCCAAUGUGCGACUUGCUUUGGUCUGAUCCGGAUGACAGAGGUGGUUGGGGCAUAUCACCUCGUGGAGCCGGUUACACCUUCGGACAGGAUAUUUCGGAGACAUUCAAUCACUCAAAUGGCCUGACACUGGUGUCUCGUGCACAUCAACUUGUAAUGGAAGGCUAUAACUGGUGUCACGAUCGCAAUGUUGUUACAAUCUUCUCUGCUCCAAAUUACUGUUACCGUUGCGGGAAUCAAGCGGCUAUAAUGGAACUGGAUGAUGCUCUCAAGUACUCGUUCCUGCAGUUUGACCCAGCUCCGAGACGUGGAGAGCCUCAUGUCACACGGCGGACACCAGAUUACUUCCUCUAGGUUGCUGCUAUUGCUGCUGUUGCACUUCACCUCAUCCAGUCACAUACAUUACAUACAUACAUACCAUAUUAUAUAUACAUAUAUAAAUAAAUACUGUGCGUGUCCCUGGUGGUACAGUAAAAUCUCGUUACUGCAUGGUGUUCCUGAUUAUUUUUAUCCUGUUCCUUCUGUGUGAAUAUUUGGUAUUGGAAGUGUGUGGACUAGGAAUUCCUGUUAGGUCUCCACCUUUUUUCCUUUCCACUACAUUUUUCCAGUUGAAUCUUCUGGUGAAGUAGGAGUGACGGACUUGUUAAGAGAUGCUGUAACGAGAUCAUACUGUGCUGUUGCAAUUACAGAGGCUCUAUUAUGUUGAUGUGCCUCUUUUGAACCAUGCUGGAAGGAGGGGGCCAUCUGCAUAGCAUUGUAGGAUUGUACCUAUUCGUCUCCAGUAGCAAAAUAUGACUGGUACAUAAUACGUGAGUUUGCUGCUGUGUUCAUUCUGAGCAACCUGGAGAGUCGCCCAUGGCUGAGGGAUGUCUUGCGGAAUGCUGAUUUCCCUGCCUGUCUGAUGCGUUUUAGGAGUAGUCCUUCUAAGUGGACACACAUUCUUUUGUUUUCUACAAACUUUCCAUGUAUUGAUUGUAUUGUAAACUGAACGCUGUGUUGCGUAUUGUAUUAUUAGUUAUUAUGACUCGUAAGAGUUAUCUAUCUUUUUAAAAUUGCAUAAUGAUGCAUAAUAAAUCUAUUGUAUUUGCA